AUGUCGCAGCGGCGAGGCAGUGAAGAGGCUUCACCCGGAGGGAACUCACCUCAGCCUUCUGCUUACCCGCCUCUAAAUACGGGUCUCAUCCCUCGAGAUUACUUAGGCGCGCGAUCCGACAUGGCGGCGCGCCCCGGACCUCCUGGAACCCGCCAUAUUUCACCUUCGCCUCUGCAUACCAAGUCCCUCCCUCAGCCAUAUCGGCUCGAAGAAUCUCCCGUCUCCCAGAGUCCGCUUUCUCCACGAUCGAGCGCCAACCCGUCGCCCUCCCAGAAUCGAUCGCCUAUAUCUCGUAUAGCCAAUGCGUCGUUCCCAGCACCGCCUUCGAACACUGCCUACCCUAUAUUCCAGUCCCCCGAGAUGAUGAGCGCGGACCAGGUGGACUCUGCCGCCAGGCAUGGGGAUGGUCAUAUUGCCAAAUCGCCUGGUGCGUCCGAACCCGAUCGCUCCGCGUCGUCAUCUAUCAGCUCUGUGCUGUCGACACCCGGGGACCGUCCAACUCCCCGUGCCAUGCCUCGGACCUCGUCGAUUGACUCGGCGAUUUCUUCUUUGUCCACUGCCUCCCAGCGAUCAACCUUCGACGCUAAGUCCUUGAGCCCGGCCGAUAUUAACAACCUUAUCGCCGCUGCUGGCUCUGCGGAGGCAGUUAUUGUGCACCUCCUGAGGGAGAAACACCAAGCUGCAUCGCAGAAUGCUCAGCUGUGGAAGUUGGUCGACAAACAGCGGACGCUUAUUCUGGGCCUGAACAAGGAUCUGGAUCGCGCGUUCAAAGAGAAGGAGAAAUAUAAAAAGAAAGUCAAGGAGCUACAGGACGCCGCGCCUCCUGUACCAGCUGUUGGAAUCUCGGCCCCGCGAACGGUCUCGGCAGAUGCGGAUUCUCGUGCUAGCCAGACCACAAUUGUAUCAAGAAACGAGAAGAAGGGUGGGGAUCGAGGAAUCGAACAGGCAACGGCUGUCCCUCCCAUCGCGACAUCUGGGUUCCCUCGAGGAGGAACCGACUCAAGCCCUCGCUCAGCAGGUAGCCUAUCAUCUCUCAUCGGAUCUGAUUCGCAAAGGCUCCCACAUCCAUUUCGCAAACCACCUCCAGCGCCCUUGAACCUGCGACAAGGCGGUCAUGCCCGGGAGGAGGUAGUAGACGCUGAUUCCGACUCCGACUACGGUGAAGGACAGGAUGUGAGGGGAAGAUCGAGCUCGGAACGUGGAAGAAGAAAAACACGCGAAGAAGAUGACCAAGACCGUGAGGCUGCCUUACAGACAGACUUGGGUGCGCCCGGUUCCGUCGGUGCUGCCAAGUUUGAGGUCCCCUACGGCUCACAGGAUGCCGGCGCAUCUGCCAGUGGCAACCCAGUCCCUCGUGAGCUAGUAACGAGAUCGCCACCAAAUGUCGGCGCAACUGGGUCUCUGGGGUCCGUCUUGAACUCUCGACCCAACCCCUCCGGCCCGAACGGGCGUUCUAUAGCUUCCAUGCCGAAAAGCCCGGGUUUGCCGUUAAGCCCACGGCCUGAGGACCGACCUAUUGGAUCUCCGCUGCCGCGGAUGCCCCGAGAUUUUGCGACUCAGGCAGGUUAUAACCUCGGAGGCGUGCCUACAUCUCCAAGAGCUGUAAACUACCCCACCAACUUCCCAAGUGCAGAUGCUCAGCCUACGACCGGGAGACCCGGGGGUCCAAUCCCGUCGAUUGAUCCUACGGUCAAGAUUGACAGCCCUAAAUCUCCCCGUUUCCCCGAUACCACCAUCUAUCAAGGACUUGUGUCGGAUGAAUAUCCCGGCCUUCUCCUUCCUCCGAACGCCCUCCCACUUAUUCAGGUUCGGGUGUCCUCCUCACGGCUGCGACCCUCUAGAAAUAGUUAUAUGGCAUCCAAGCCAUUGGAUGAGGAACCGGUGUUUACCCUGAGCGUCAUCUCUAGAUCUGAGAUGGCGGAGCUCUGGCGCGUGGAGAAAGUCAUUGCAUCUCUACCUCAGUUAGAUCACCAGAUACGACAGCUGGCCACUUUUUCUGGAAAAUUACCUGAUCGCAGCAUUUUCAGCGGUCAUUCCCCAGCCAAGGUAGACGCCCGCCGCGCUGUGCUGAACAUAUACUUUGACAAUCUUCUGGAUACCCCCAUGGAUGAGAGAGCGGCAUUGGUCAUUUGCCAAUUCCUCUCCAAUGAUGCUAUCGAACCUCGUGACGAUGAGACCAGCCUUCUAAAGGGCCCAGGCCAAGCGAAACCGGACAUGCUUCGAGGACCGGAUGGCAAACCCAGGAAGGAAGGUUAUUUGACCAAGCGAGGCAAGAAUUUCGGCGGUUGGAAAGCCCGCUACUUCGUGCUCCAUGGGCCCGAGUUGAAGUACUAUGAGUCUCCUGGUGGCGCUCACAUGGGAACCAUCAAGCUUCUUCAUGCCCAAAUUGGCAAGCAGUCUCAGAACUCCAAUAGCCAAAGCAACUCGCCUCCGGCGGACGAGGACGCUGACAAUCAAUAUCGUCAUGCUUUCCUUAUAUUAGAACCCAAGAAAAAGGAUUCAUCGGCUCUUGUGCGCCAUGUGCUCUGUGCUGAGAAAGACGAGGAGCGCGAUCAGUGGGUGGAUGCGUUGAUGGAGUACGUGGAAGCACCUUCUUCGGAUGGUGACGCAUCAUCGAAGCAACAAUCGCAGGCCCAAGGAAAACCGUUCUCCAGUUCUGGAUCCAAGGCCAAGGGGUCCAAGGAUGGGAGCAAGAAAUCUGGCCGUGGUGUUGAUAGUCCCGACCAUGAAGGUGGCGCUGUGCAAGGGUUUAGUUUCGAUGAUACCGUUGCAGCUGAGCCUCCUAUCAUCGGGGGUUCUCUCGAACAGGCUCCUCGAUCACCACACAUGCCCAGCACCCCGUCCACCGACUUCAAAGACUGGAACCAGUCUGGGAUCGACCCAGCUUUGCAGUCACCAAAGAUCAUUUCCGGGCCCACCAACGGUGCGGUGAUCCAUGAUGUUGGGGCCUGGGGUAACAAGCCAUCGGCCACAACCACUUCAGUGAAAGAGAAGAAGCGUAGCAUCUGGGGCUUCCGCACAAGGUCUUCCUUCGAUUUGGCUGCACAAGCUAGCGAGACAUCAGCCGCGCCAGUCGAGCGGAGGGAGAACGUCAAGCCCGUCUUCGGUAUUCCUCUGGCCGAAGCUGUCCAGGAUUGUGGUCCUAUUGGCGUUGAAGCGGAUCUUCCUGCUGUGGUCUAUCGUUGCAUUGAAUACCUGCAUGCCAAGGAUGCCGCUUUGGAAGAGGGUAUCUUCCGCUUGAGUGGCUCCAACGUUGUGAUCAAGGCAUUAAAAGAGCGUUUCAAUAAUGAAGGAGAUGUUGAUUUCUUGACCGGGGAUCAGUAUUACGAUGUUCAUGCCGUCGCAUCUCUUUUCAAGCAAUACUUGCGCGAACUUCCGACAACCGUGUUGACUCGGGAACUUCAUCUGGAUUUCCUUCGUGUCCUUGAACUCGAUGAUAAGCAGAAGAAGGUCCUCGCUUUUAACGCAUUGGUCCACCGAUUGCCCAAGCCGAACCUUUCACUGCUGCGAGCACUGUCGCUGUUCUUGAUCGAGAUUGUAAACAACUCGGACGUGAACAAGAUGACCGUCCGAAACGUGGGCAUCGUCUUUGCUCCCACUCUUAACAUCCCCGCGCCAGUAUUCUCGAUGUUCCUCACCGACUUUGACAGCAUCUUUGGUGAUGCUAGCUCUAACUCGCCGGCCAUGGAGCUGACUGUGCAAAACACUCUAUCCCCCGACGAUGUUCGCUCUCCCCGCCAUCAGAUGUUCUCGGAUAUCCCGACUCCUGCAUAUAAUCAGACAUCCUUCCGCGGUGCGGGAGAUGGCUCGAGCGGUCAUGUUGACAAUCGUGCUCCACACGAGACCGGCUUCAUCCCCAUGCAGCCCUCUUACGAACAAUCGGGCUAUAGGAAUGAAGGCUACAACCCCCACCCGGGAGCCUCGAACCAAUAUCACUCCUUGAAUGGAAUGUUGAACCCGAACUUGGACGACACUCGUUCCGCCAAGUCCAAGAGGCGGGAAAGCUCCAUGCUUUUUAUGGAGAGUACUCCUGAUGAUUUUGCUUCCCUCCACCAGGGCAAUAAAUAA